UGUUCAAUGCAGAACUCCAAUAUUUAAAAAAGAAGGAAAAAACCUGCAUGUUCUGAAAGAGAUCAAGCCUUAGCCAGGAUGGAUCUCCAAUCAGUGACUACAAAUCAGUUUGAAAACAUUACUCCUGAAUACUCUGAUUACCUUGAUGAAGCCUGUAAUAAGAUGAAUGUCAUCCAAUUUGGGACGACCGUCACUCCGAUCAUUUUCAUCAUUGUGGUUGUGUUCAGCUGUGUGGGAAACACGCUGGUUUUGUGCGUCCUCGUGAUGUAUGAAAAUCUGCGAUGCCUCACCAACACAUUCCUGCUGAAUCUGGCCAUCUCUGAUCUGAUUUUUACUGUCGGUUUGCCGUUCUGGGCCUACUACUAUGUCAACGGCUGGACCCUUGGAGAUCAAGCUUGCAAAGCAGUCAACUACGUGUUUUACACGGGAUAUUACAGCAGCAUUAUAUUCAUGACGGUUUUAACCAUACAUCGAUACGUGGCUGUGGUCCACCCCAUGUCAGUGGUCAUGUCCAGAAAUAGCAUCCACUGCUACGCCAUAUCAAUUGUGGUCUGGAUCAUCAGUUUAUGCGCUGCCGUCCCGCAAGCCACGUUCAAAACGGUUGUGAAAAACCCUAUUGACUCCCAAAACGAAGCCUCUGAUGUUAUCAAGCUCUGUGAUUUCGAGGGUCAAAUUAAUUGGAAGCUCUGGAGCACGUACUUACAGAAUGGCUUCUUCAUUGUGGCUUUCCUGAUCAUCGCUUUCUGCUACACCGUGAUUCUGACCCGGCUGCUUCGGCCGACGUCUCACACUCGCAAGAAGACCGUGCACCUCAUCUUCUUCAUCGUGCUGUUUUUUUUCUUGGGAUGGGGGCCGUUUAACGUGGCCAUAUUUCUGGACUCUCUGAUUUCGUGGGGGAUCUCUCCUUUUAACGAAUGCGAGGUCAGUAAGUCAAUUGACUACUUGAUGUACGUCUCUCAGAUGGUGGCGUUCUCACACUGCUGCCUCAAUCCUGUGGUUUACGUUUUUAUGGGGAUAAAGUUCAGAAACCACUUGAAGAAAAUGUUGUGGACUUUGUGUAGGAACAACGUGGAGCCUCCAAAUCGAAACAGCAGGAUUAUUUACUCCAACGGCGAAGAAAUAUCCAUGUAUUAGACGUUCCUGGUCUUAAAGGGGUAGUCCACACAAAAUUUUGAAUUUGGUCAUCAUUCUCAAUCAUCACUUGCAACAAACUCUUCCGUUAAAGAAAAUAUUUAGAAAAAUGCUGGAAACCUGUAACCAUUGACUUCCAUAGUAUUUGUUUAAUACUAUACUAACAUUAGCUAUACUAGCUUCUAACAUUUUUCAACAUAUUUUCUUUUGUUUUCGACAGAAGAUAGAAACUCAAACAGGAUGUCAUGCUUUAUGAAUAUCAAUGAUUACAGGUUUCUAACAUUUUUCAAAAUAUCUUCUUUAAUGUGUUAAACAGAAAAAUUCAACUCUUAAAGGAUUGAAACCACUUGAGGGUGAGUAAAUAAAGGGAUAGUUCACCCAAAACUGAGAAAUCUGUCGACAUUUACUUAUCCUUCAGCUGGUUUGAAUGUUAUCACUGGAUUGAAUGGGCAUUAGUGGUGAUCAGCUGAUAGAUAUGAGCCAGUAGGGGCCUUCUGCACCUACUGGUAGGCUCGGAAGGCUGUUAUCAUCCAUCCACAUGGUUAAUCAGCUGUAGAUCGCAUUUGGCUGCGGCCGGAAGUUGAUGAGAAUUAUUUAUAUUAUAUAUUAAAUUUCCAAAUAAUUGUGUUUUAUUAACGUCUACCCCUACCCCAACCUUAAACCAAACCAUCACAGUAAUGUAAAAAUAGAUCAGGAUCUGGAGUCUUCUCUGUAGAGUGGAGGAACUAUGACGUCAAUUUGUAUUUAAAGACCCGGAAGCGAGUUAGCAUUCUAGCAGUUCCGGUUCCCUCAUCCCAAAGUCAAUGAGUUUUUUUAAUAGGAUUUCGGUUAAAUCGCUUAAAUAAGGUUCGUGGCUAACACAAACUCAAGAUACUUUCACGUUUUAUUCUACGACAUAAAACACAUCAGUUACAUCACACUCUUGAUUUCUUUAAUCAGUUACGCUUCUUUAAAAAGACUGUUGCUAUCAAGUUGCUAAAUAGGACUACAGGUGGUGUCGGAGACAUACAUCAUCGAGCUGAACUGGUCUAGAACGCAGCCCGCUUGCGCUUGGAUUUGUCUGUGAUUUUUCAUGAAUAGUAUUUUAUAGUUUGUAGCAUUUUUCUAAUUGGGAAUUCAUAUUGUUUGUAGAUAAUGAUUCACUUGUAAAGACUGUCACGACAGAUUCAUUUGUUGAUCAUUUAUUUUAAUUAAACCAUAUUAUGAGGAUACUGCUUACCAGUGCAGUCUUUCUCUUUCCUGCUCUCAAUAAUGCAAACGUAAAUAAAUGUGUAAAAAACACAGACUUAUUAACUGUCAUUUUAACGUCAUCAAUAGA